UUUGUGUAUAUUUAUACAAACUAUUUUUUUUUUUGUGUCAAAAAGAAUUUUCUUUUUUUUGAAAGGUGUUUUGAUUUAUUCUACUUUUUCUAUUAGGAUAAGUUGCAUAUAAAAAAUAUGAGACCUAGUAAUAAUACUUCACAAUGGUUUUUAAAUAAUAAUUUCAGCUCUGGUUUCCCGUCAUUUGAAGAUAUUGCCGUAAUGGUAGUCGAUAGUGACUUUGAAAAGCGCUCAAAUGGGGAAAAAUUGCUAAAGGAAUGGGGGAAAAAAAAAUCAGAUUGUCUGAAUAUAGUAGUCAACGUUUUAAAAACAACUCAAGAUACUCGAGUUGUAGUUAUCGGAUUGUUGUUUUGUGGAACUUUUAUUUUAAAUGAAUGGACUCGUCGAAGCGAAAAAAAAGAAUUGUACGAAAAAUUGGAAGAACAUCAUGGGGAUUCCAAUCAAACGGAAUGGAUUACAAAAAAUGUUUUACCUUUCAUUGAAGCACUUACAUCUAUAGCAGUAGAACGUUGGCAACAAGCUACCAAUGAUUCAGUAACAUGUCGCAAUUCGAUAUUUUUCUUAAUUACACGACUUAUAAAAAAAGGUUUUUGCGAUGAUUGUUCGGAUUCAGCUUAUCACUUUCAUGGAUUAGUUAAAUCUCUUAUGAAUUCCAUUGUAUCUUACUUAGAAUCCUUUGAUACGUGGACCUUUUCAAAUGAGAAUUUAAUGUGUGUACAAUUAUUUGUCGAAUUAUGUCAGCAAAUGCAACACACCGAUACAGCCUCUUUAGGUAUUGUAUGGGAAUCUUAUUUAAAUGGAAAAAAGAGUUUUGAAAAAAAUAUUUUACUACCACUGUUCACAACCUUUAUAUCAUUUCUAUGUCAUUUACUCUUAAAUGAAAAUGAUUUAAAUAGGUCAUGCAACGUAUCAUUUCAACGUUUUUUAAACAAUGAAUUCUUUUUAAAACUACUCAAAUAUCUUUUAACUCUUUUAGAAAUCUUUUUAGAUUGGGACUUUGCAGCAGUGUCGAGUGAAGAACUUAUUUGUAUCGAUUUAUGCUUCAUGCCAACUACUGACUGGUAUGAUUUAAUUUUUCAAUUUCAAUAUAAUAACAAAACCGUGACCCUAAUAAAUAUUCUUAUCGAACUCUACGUUAAUGUGCGGUGGGCUCUUGACAAGAGCGAAAAUGAAUCAACUUUAUGGGUUGAACUCUUUUAUAAAAUGACAAAUAUCUUAAAGCGCUUAAGUAGUCUGAAUUUAACUCGAAUGAAAUCUCAAUUUCAUGGACUGAUGCUUUCCUCGGAUGCGUCUCGAAGUCAUUUAACGUCGAUUGUUUACAUACCUUUUCUUGUCACCUUAUUGGAUCUGUUAACAUCUAGCCAAUUAAUACAGCAUACAUGGGAUACUACGGCGACACAGAAUGCUCUUCAGCGUGUGGGUAUGACAGAAUUAGCUUGUGUUUGGUAUUGUCUAUCUAAAAUUAUGACAAAUCUUCAAGUGGAUAUGGCGACUGUUUUAUGUCAUAAUGAUGUAACAAAUCGAUUAAAAUUAUUAGACGAAUGUUCAACAUAUUUAAUGAAAGGCAUCACUUUAAAUAGGACGGAGCUGUGUUUUAGUACGGAUUUCAUAACGUGUUUGGAAACGCUAAGAUUAUGUUACUCUUCUAUUGCAUUUCAAUUUUUAGCAUUGUUUCAGCGGUCUUAUACAGCAGCUGUUGAAGCUAAAAAAAAUUUCGUCUUACCGAACUGCAUGGAAUCUUUAAAAUUUUUGUUUUUUAAUAUGACAAAUAGCUUUUUACUAACAAAUUUAAAUCUUGUCAAUUUUCAUGAUGAAGACAAUUUCGAUCAAGAAGGUAUCAUACAAGAAGAUGAGGACUAUGAUAAAAAAUGUGGAUUCAGAAGCGUACCUUCUAGUUUUGUUAACGAAGGUUUAAAACACUACGCUAUUGUAGGACAAUGUUGUACAUUGGAUACGUGCCAAUUAUGGCAACAAGCAUUCAAAUCACGUUUUGUUUUACUUAUUCAAAAUACCACAGGGGUCAAUGUUGAAAACUCAUGUCAGGAAAUCGUUUGGCUGCUAGGUUAUAUGUAUUAUUUUUUAAAUGAAUCACAUGCUGACUCGUAUCAUGACAAAACAAUUAAAAUACCUUUCAUUUUUUUAACACUUAGCGACGCAACGCAGUCACAAAUACCACAGAUCUUCACUUUAAUUCUUCAAUCACUUAUUCAAUUGUUUGAAACAAAGUGUCUCUGGGAUGCACAUACAGCACGUGUUGUGGAAUCUUGUCUACUCGUUUUAAAUCGGCUUACACAAGCGUAUUUUUUUAGAAAGUACGCUUGUGUUAAUGGUCAGAAUGCGCUGCCCCAGUUUAACGAUCUAGGUUUUAUGCAAGAAAGUCUUUGCCGUAUGUUAGCAUGCGUUGAUUUUAUUGUGACGCAUUUAUCCAAUCAUGUUUCUGUUUCUUGUGCGACAUUGGAGCUUCUCAUAUCAUUAUCUUACCAACCGACUUGUAGGAUUCUUAUAUGGGAGUUACCAAUAUUUCAAAAUCUCGUAGAAAAAACCAUUUCAUAUACAACAGAAACUUUAAAGCUUUCGGAUCGAUGCGUUACGAAAUUGUUUCAAAUCUUUACAAGCUUCACAUUGAUUAAUGCGGAUGAGACUAUGAUAAGGCAAUUUUACAAUAGAUCAACAGACCCUUGCACUUUGAAUGUUAAUACGUUAAGUGAAGGUCGUGUGUCACAACUUUUAACAAAGUGUACUGGUGUACGAGAUACCUUAAUUGAAAGUCACGGAACGUGUCAGACAUUAACAGGAGGAUCUCCAUUAAAUCCAGAUCCAUAUGUAUUUCAGAUGAAACGAUUAUUUUGCUUAUGUGAUGGUAUCUUACAAGGCAUUCAUGGAAUGUAUAGUCUAGUGGCGAAAUGGAUUUCACCCGUGUUAGACUCUCUUCAAUCCAUUCUGACUUACUUUAAAGAAUAUCCUACUAUUUGUUUAACAAUUGUCAAAUUUUUAUGCUCCUUACAAAAAAAGUACACUUUAUUAUUCCCUACUCGGCAUUUUUCAAUAUCAUUUUUACCACUUGUUCAAUGCACUCUAAAAAAAGUUGACAGUAUGAGCCACCAAUGGGUUUCCGAAAGGGUUGAUGAUCUUGAUUCAAGCGAUUCUUCUUCCUGUACUUUGGAAAAUAUUUUAGGAGCAAUCGUGUGUCUUUUAGUAAAAUUGUGUUCAGAUAGUUUGAUUUAUUUUUGUGAUGGGAAUGACUCGAAAACAGGUUGCAAUGCCUCCAACAUUUUGUAUGAUUCUAAAACAACAUCAGUUGCAGUUGGAGAUUGUAACACACCCCAAGUUCCUCAAUUUAUUUUCUUCAUGUUGAAUGAUAUGAAUAGUUUAUUACUACAAGAAGAAGUUUUAUUGCACACCAAAUUUCAACAGAAUUUUUGUAACCUUUUAUAUCAGUUAGUGAAUCAAUAUCCCGAUAUUUUGUUUGGUCAUAUUACAUUACCUUUAGCUCAUUCUUAUUGUAAAAUAAUGUCUAAGGCAAUUCAUUCCAAUCUUCCACGUUGUCGAUCGGCCGCAAGUGAUGCUAUUUCUGCUUUUGUUCAUUAUCUUGCUAUUAAUCAGAGAAAACAAACAAGUGUCAGUUAUGAUAUUCUUCCUCCUGCAAAUCACUUGGAUAUACUGUCGGAACCAAAUGAACAUGCCACAUUAAUAUCAUUAUUUGAACAUUAUAUGGCUCAUAUAUCCGUUCGAUUAUUAUUUGAAGUGUUGUCCAUACCGAAAACAAAUGUCAAGAAACAUCAUUUUUAUAGUGAUCUAAUAUGCGAUAUUUUCCUUUUCUUAUCUGUUAAAAUGUAUAAUUUAAAACGUGUUUUAGAUCAACUAAAACAACUGACAUGUUAUUCUUCUUUAGGUUUGAACGAUAUGACAGAAGCAUUUGUUGACCGAGUGACGCAACCUGUUUUAACUGUUUUUUACGAACAUUCUCAAAAGACUCAACAAGCAAUACAGACCAAUAUGUCUCAAAGUCUUCAAAAUAUCAAAUUGACACAGUUUCGCACACACUUUAGAGACGUCUUUAUGACGCUUAUUCUUGCUCAUCGUUUGGAUGGAAAUCCUCGUUAAACAAUGUCGUCACUAAGAACAAGUUUCUUUUAUUUUUUUGGCUAUUCUUAUUAUAAACAAAAACUGUUUUAAAUUAUCAAUUUCUUUUGUUUAUGCA